GUACGAUCCCGCAGGGGCAGGCACCCCCCGCGGCGCGAUCCAUCGCGACUUUCCAAUUGAUGUUUCUCGUGUUGUAUGGAUUGCAAAAGUGUCUGGGUCUGGAAGAUUCUUAGAUUUGGUUGGUUGGUUGGAUAGUGCGUGUCGCCGGUGCAGGUCCCGCCCUCCAUCGAUUGCGAUCCGGAGUAGCCGGAACGCAAGGACCUAGUGGCGCAAUCGAUCGACGAAGCCCUUUAUAACCAGGUCACGGCCAUCUGGCUGCCCUGGAGUCAUUCCGGAGUCAUUUGUCAUGCAUGGCUGACAUGACUCGAGAAUCUGUGACGCAUGGGCACGAAACGGCUCUGCUAUCUGUCAUGUAAAAACGGUGUUUCUCAUGCGGCAUACGCAACACAUAGGAGCUCAAAAAUUUGUCAUGCCUGGCUGCGUAUUGCAGUCCAGCUAUCGUCCACUUUUAGCAUUACAAGUUUCCAGACCCAGACACUUUUGCAGUUGAUAUGUUGAAAUCGAGUGGGGCACCUGCCGCGUCGACGGGUGCUUCGCGCAGUUCCCAGGAAAAGACUUUGAAGAAAUAUGAACUGCAAAAGUAUCGUACUACGUGUAAAUCGCAUGACAAAUUUUCUCAGCAUGAGAAAUAAAAUUUGUAUAUGCAGGUUCACCUGAAGAAGAGAAUUUCUAAAUGCAUGACUACGAUUACUACUAGCACGAUAGUUUUCCACAGGAUACGGAAGCGACGACGACGACACGUUCGACUACGGAUGUGGGUACCCCUACGGAACUAUCAAAAGGAUAAAUCCCCCUUCCCAUAUCGAGAACGAAAUUAGAAGUGACGCUGUAUUUCAGUACACAAAUCCUCGACUUGCAUGCCUAGAAGGCAAAGUAGUAGAGGCGCAGUUGUGCUGGCUUCGUUUGCAGUACCAGGGUGGAAAACGCUUUCGCUUUCAAAAUUUCAAUUUUUUUGAGGCCCCGUUGCAGCAUCCGGCCCAACUGUCCUCAUGAUCCGCGUCACCCGACUCAGCGGCCACGCAAGCGGCUCCGGGUUCUCCGACCUAUCAAUUUUUGAGAUGUAGCUUGAUAGUGACGAAUGAGAACGCGAAUGAAAGUACGUAGCUUGUCGCGGUGAUAGCUAGCGCAAACGAGAUAUUAGCAUCUGAGACGUUUUGUGACAGAUGUCGGUAGCAGGUAGACGCUCAUCAGCGACAGGAGCCUCCCAACAAUGCCGUCCGGUCUGGGCACCAGACUGGUGCCCAAAAUGCCGCCCAAGGCGAUACGUAGCUCCGGACCCGCACCACUCCGGGUAAUGGAGUACGCAGCAAAAGUCUUCAAAUGCGAGCACAAAGCCCCGCUAUCUAUCACCGCGACAAGCUAGCUAAAUGACAAGACUACUCCAGUGACAUCAUCAGCGUACUCCAGUGAUUCAGGUGACGAAAAAAGGCCCCGCUACUCACCCGCCCGACGCCUUCCAGUUCAACGAGGCCACCGCCGGGAUCCUAUCUGGGCCCACCCUCAUCAAGGGGGGUAUACAAAAAAAAACUUAAAUCUUGAGAGCGAAAGUGUUUUUCAUCGCUGUAUGCAGGCAUAUAUUGUCAUGCUGUUUAAUAUUCCCAAUUCCAGCCGCCUCCUCUCAGGCUGAAGAUGCAUCAAGGCUUUGUUCCCACGCAGCUCAACACUACAGUCCGUAUCUUUUUCCUUCUAGCAUGACAGAGCUGAUUUGUGGCCACAAAUCUGCAUCACAGAUACAGACUCAGACUUCCGCUUUGAUAUAAUGGGGAGGGCGGGGGAUUUUUCUUCUUGACAGGAACCAAGCUGCAGGUGGAUCAGUCGAUCCAGUUCUUGACGAACCCGUCCCACGGUUUUAUGGCGUUCUCAAUCGUUACAUUCUCAACUGUAUACAUGAUUUGCCAUGCAAAAACACUACCACCAUUCACACGACCAAGCCUUCUUCGCAUGACAACGAACUUCUCGACGCGCUAAAUAGCACUACAAUCCAUCCCAAAUCUGUAAUGCAAAAGGCGCAAUCUUCCUCCUUUCACUUUUGCCCUUUUUGCAUUACAAAUUCGUGUAACAGUUGAGAAGGUAAGCGAUUUGAGAACGCCAUAGGUUUGGGCGUGGAAACGGGCGACGAAAUCGAUAGAAUGCAAGUCCUGUAUGCGCACGCGGGACAGUCCGAGAUGGUCCAGAACCUCCGGGCGCCCGUGGUGCCUACCGGGAAGACUCUGUCGCUGAUCGAAGACGGCUACGGCUGGCUGAAGCUGCGCAAGCUCCGCGUGUACAAACUGGAAGAUGCCGCGAUCAAGUACGAGUUCACCAUUCGGGGCGCGGUAUCAAAUGCAAAAAUGUCUGGGUCUGGAAAAGUUCAAACUUGUCACGCAGAUUCUCCAUGACCCGUGAACGUGACGUCUGGAAUGCGGGACCUAGCAUGGCAGACUCUGCGAGGUCUCUGCCAUGCCUAUCCUGCGUGCGAAACUCCCUUCCAACUUGGUCAAAAGUGGACAGCUUUUGGCACUCAUGCAACACAGAUUUUUGCAUGCUUCAGAUUUACCAUGACAAGUUGCCACCUUCCAGACCCAGACACUUUUACAAGUGAUACGCGGGCACGUUGUGCGAUGACUUUUUCGAGGUGAUUCGAACCGCGGACGAAUGCCACGUGGCCCUGUUGAUUCUGGGCGUGCCCUAUCAAAUGCAAAAAUGUCUGGGUCUGGAAACUUGUGAUGCUGGGUGGCGUCUCAUGACGAGGCUACAGAUGCUGGCUCAGCGUUCCUAGGUGUUGUUAGUUCUGCAUGACAAACUGCGCUUCUGCAUCACAGAAAAGCGGAGCUCUUGGGUAUCGUGCAUGACAGAUUUAAGAGUCAUGCCAGACAACAAUGACAAACAUGAAUUCUUCCAGACCCAGACAUUUUUACAGUUGAUAUGCCCCUCAACAGUUUCUGGUAUUCGGACGACUUGUAUCCGAGUGCACAAGCAAGAACUACUCCCCCUCCUUCUCAUUUGUCCGGCAAAAUACCAAAUCUACGCUUUGCCCCUUGUCUAUGGCCCGGGCAGCCCGUGAUUUCAAAAGUCAUUUUUUUUUUUUUUAAUAUAGCUAUUUUGGCGAACCUUUGCCCGCCCCUAAAGUGAUUACGUAUCCAUUAUCUAGCUCAAGGUAGCUACUAAACUAGAUAGAUAAUGUAGUUAGGUAAUGAAGUAGAAGAAGGGUCUCCGGCUUCGGCUGUUGCUUUGUGGAUUCGUCCGAAUCCACAAAGCAGCAGCCGGAGCCGGAGACCCUUCUUCUACUUCAUGAGAUAGCUAGCUUACCUACGUACGUCAGUAGCUACCCCAAAGGGGACCAAAAGUAACUAUUUAUUUCAGGCGGUGAAGAAGGAUCGCCGAAGUAGCUAUAUUAAAAAAAAAAAAAUGACUUUUGAAAUCACGGGCUGCCCGGGCCAUAUUGUCUUCACUAUGUAUUAUGCAUGACAAGUUCUGGCUGCCCAAAUGGCACUACUAUCCUGUCCAAAUUUGUCAUGCGAAACCUGCAUUCUUGCUGACGCUCGUAUUGCUGUUCAUGCAAUAGUACACAUGAGGGGUCCACGGGGAGUUGUGCACUUUCAUAACUCGGGCGACCCGAACAAGCCGAACGGAUGCUCGGUCCCGCUGGAGUAUCUUCCUAUGGCAGUGUCCGGAUUGAAAUCGACAGAGUUGAAAUAAUUUGCCAUGCAUAAAAUGGAUGCCAGGUGAGGUGGCACCCAGUUUCCAAGUGGCGCGUGACAAAUUUUGGCUGUCCCUAAAUCCCGUCUGUCGUGCUGUUUAGGCAAAGAAGACUAAUUUUUUCAUGCUACGUAUAGCAGCUCGAGCUGUAACCCCAAACAGGCUUACAAUCGGCCUCACUUGCCUGCUCUGCAACGCUCGCGCCUCGCGUCUUGCGUUUUAUGCUUUACAAAUUAUUUCAACUUUGACGAUUUCGAUUCUGACACACCCAUACUUCCGGACAGCUCCGUAAGCGUGGACCUCGAGGCUAAAAUGAACUACUUCCGCGGCGUCGGCUCGCCGAACAUGCAGCUGCGGCCCGUGUGUCGCAAGCCCAUAUGGAUUGCAAAAAUGUCUGGGUCUGGAUGAUUGCGACUUCGACUUGUCAUGCUGUCUUUGAAUUUUUCCAAAAAAAUCUGUAUUGCGUGACCAGCAACAGGAGUCCAGUUUGUGUUACGCCUACGCGGGGAGGGUAUUUCUCGUGCGGAAUAGGCACCAGGAAGCCCUCUAAAAAUCGGUGAUGCUAGAUCAUGCAGCACAUUCAUCAUGGAUCAUACAAAAUAGGCAUCACAAAUCCCGGAAUCUUCCAGACCCAGACAUUUUUGCAUUUGAUAGCCCAUCAAGACCAUCAACUAUGGUUUCACCUACGAGCUCUUGCGCGUGGGGGCGACCUGCUAUGCUGGCAUUCUCAAUCGUUACCCUCUAAACUGUUACAUGAUUUGUCAUGCAAAAUUGCAACUGCAUACCUACACGACGAUCAUUGGAACUACAUACCUUUCGUGUCAUGAGGUCGCCGAAAGUUGUGCUUGCUCGCCCACCCCCCGGAGAGGGGAUCCUUGACCUGCGGCGCUGGGACGAGCGCGUGUCCACUACAUGAUGAUGAUGUUGAUGAUGAUGAUGAUGUUGAUGAUGAUGAUGAUGAUGAUGAUGAUGAUGAUGAUGAUGAUGAUGAUGAUGAUGAUGAUGAUGAUGAUGAUGAUGAUGAUGAUGAUGAUGAUGAUGAUGAUGAUGAUGAUGAUGAUGAUGAUGAUGAUGAUGAUGAUGAUGAUGAUGAUGAUGAUGAAGCUUCGUCGAGUGACAAGUUCUCGACGCCAAACUUGUAAUGCAGAAAGCGCAAUCUUCCGCCUUGAAUUCAUCUUGCCAUUCUUGCAUUACAAAGAAAUGCAUGCAACAGCUGAAAGUGUAACGUUUGAGAAGUCCAUACGUCCGCCACCCAGGAACUGGUGGUCCGCUCUAUAUCCACAGUAAAUUUCCCGUACACGUACAAAUGCAGUGUCUGCAUGACAAAACUUGCCUUCAGUCCUAGUCUAGCAUGACAAGUUGGACACUGCAAGUUAGCGAAAUUUGUCAUGCAUUUUGUACAUGUGCUGGAAAUUUACAUUGCAUACUUUAUGGCGGAAUGCAAGAAGGCGCUCCGGAUUGUCGGCCGGGACCCGAACG